AUGGCGAUCCCACACGAGAUCCACGCAGCGUUCGACGAGUUCGGCGACUUGGACUUUAGCGAACUCAUGUACGGGACCGCCCUCUUCGUGGGCCUGGGCCGGAACUUCUGUCUCGCACGGUACUACGCGUUCGAAAACUUCGUGCUGGACACGUGCGACGAGAUCCGCGACCGGGACCCGUCCUGCGACCGGAGCGGCGCCACCCUGGUCGGCUUGAUUGUUUUGGUUGUCGUCUUGAGCGCGACACCCGGGCCGGUGGCCUUGAUGGUCGUUGCCGUGCUGCUUUGUGAGAUGGUCAAGCUGUUGCCGGAGAUGGUGAUGGGGCGAGAAUGGGACCACGAAUACGACGAGGAAGGACUCGACUUUGAACACGACGAGGAAGGACUCGACUUUGAACACGACGAGGAAGGACUCGACUUCGAACACGACGAGGGAAGACAGGACUUCGAAGAUGAACUGAAUGUAGAAAAGAGAUAA